AUGGCUACUAAUACUGGGGCUGCUAACCAGAGUGGCAUUCCGCCCAUCAUGCCCAAGGACUUCUCCGCACAGCAGCCGGAGACUGUUCGCCUAUAUCCCCUGUCCAACUAUACCUUCGGAACUAAGGAGACUCAACCUGAAGAGGAUCCCUCGGUGUUGGCCCGGCUGAAGCGCCUCGAAGAGCACUAUGGCCUUCACGGUAUGCGACGCACUUGUGAGGGUAUCCUGGUGUGCCAUGAGCACAACCACCCCCACGUGCUGAUGCUACAGAUUGCCAAUGCAUUCUUCAAGCUACCCGGCGAUUACCUAGACCACGAAGACGAGGAAAUUGAGGGCUUCAAGAAACGACUGAAUGAGCGCCUUGCCCCUGUGGGCUCGCAGUUCUCCGGUGAAGGUGUCAACGACGACUGGGAAAUUAGCGAUACGCUUGCGCAAUGGUGGCGACCUAACUUCGAGACCUUCAUGUACCCGUUCCUGCCCGGCCAUGUCACCCGCCCGAAGGAGUGCAAGAAGUUGUACUUCAUUCGCCUGCCGAAGAAGAAGGUUCUCUCUGUCCCGAAGAACAUGAAACUCCUUGCCGUGCCUUUGUUUGAGCUCUAUGACAACACUGCUCGCUAUGGGCCCCAGCUCUCUGCUAUUCCGCAUCUCCUGUCGCGAUACAACUUUGAAAUGGUUGACGAGAACGACAACGUCGUUUCCGUGACUCCUGGUAUCCCGAUGCCAACCGGCGCACCACUUCGUUCCAGAGUUCUUGCUGGCGGCGACGGCAACGACGAUGGCCAGGAUACCGGUAUGACGGGCGUUGAGGAGGGAAUGAAGAUCGAGUCCCACCACUAG